UUCCAUUUCAUAUUAUUCACUUCUACCAAAGGAAGUGGUCAGCAGUCAGCUGCGCUUUCUAACUGCAAGUAGAAAAAAGUGCCUGUGUUGAAGUUUCAGCCAUACAAGUCCCCAACGCUCUCCCUUAAAUAGGUUUUGUGAUUAGCAACUUUGGAAGAAGAGAGAAGUGAUUGAUCAUGACGAAAAGUGAAGUGAAGCUUCUGGGUUCAUGGACAAGCCCAUUUGUGAUGAGGGCUCGGAUUGCCUUUAACAUCAAAGCUGUUGAGUAUGAGUUUCUUGAAGAGACGUUGGAUCCUAAGAGCAAGCUUCUUCUCCGAUCCAAUCCCGUCUACAAGAAAAUCCCGGCUCUCAUCCAUGCCGACAAGCCCAUCUGCGAGUCCCUCGUCAUUGUUCAAUACAUUGACGACGUCUGGACCUCCGGUCCUUCCAUCCUCCCUUCUGAUCCUUAUGAUCGUGCUACUCACCGAUUUUGGGCUGCCUACAUCGACGAAAAGUUCUUCCCAACUAUGAGAGGCAUUGCGGCUGCCCAAGGAGAGGAAGCCAGGAAGGCGUUGCAGGAGCAAUUGGAUGAAGAGCUUGUGCUGUUGGAGGAAGCCUUUGGCAAGUGUAGCAAAGGGAAGGCCUUCUUUGGUGGAGAUGGAAUUGGGUUCCUGGAUAUUGCUUUCGGGUGCUUCUUGGGGUGGCUGAGGGCGACAGAGAAGAUGAGUGGGUUGAAGCUGCUCGACAAAGCGAAGACUCCUGGGCUGGUGAAAUGGGCUGACAGGUUUUGUGCCGAUGGUUCUGUUAAAGGUGUUAUGCUGGAGCCCGAGAAGCUUGUGGAGUUUUCUAUGGCUCUCAUGGCCAAGAUGAGAGGAGCUCCUCCUAUGUAAUAAGUUUAUACACUAGCAAAAAAUAAAAAGUAGUAAGUUUACUUCUGUGAACAACUUAGUUUCGUGUUGAUCACACAAGUAGUUGAUGGCGCCUGUGUUUUUCCUUUUGCUAGGAAUGGCCUUUUUGUUUAUGUGGUGACCGAAAAACUUGAAGAAUAAAAUGAAGUGCGAAUCGAGGAAUUCCCUAAAA